ACACACAGCGUUGCCAUACCACGCUGCUCUCUCUCUCUCCCCCUCUCCCCCUCCCUCUCUCUCUCUCUCUCUCUAAAAAAACUAAAAAAGGAGAGAGGGGAGCUCCGAGCUCUGUCUCUGAGUCUCUCUCGCGUUCGUGGCCUUGUUGCAUGCCCAGUUGCCGCAAAGCUACAAAGUCUCGUGUCCCAAGCGGGAUCCCCUCUCGCGAACCAGCCAGUAAACAACUCCGCGCGCAGGCGCAGCUCGGUUGCCUCUUUGAGCGGAGGCGCGAGAGGGAGGCGGCGGCGGCGGGAGUGAGGAGGAGCAUGAGGCGGGCGCCACCCCCAUUGCCGUUCCGGUGCUCUCCCGUCUUGGCCCUGGUGCUGCUGCUGGCGUCCUGCCCGUCGUCGGCCGGUGGGAGGGCCGCGCCGGGGGCUUCGCCUGUCGCCGAGCACGUUCGCGCCGCCGCCGCUGCUGGCGCCAAUGGGACCGCCUCCUUUGCUCCGGCGGCGCCGGCGCCGCCUCCCGUCGUGAUCAUCGUGGAGCGGCGCCACCAUUUCCACCGUGAGCUUGUCAUCGCCUCUGCCCUCGCCUCCGUCGCCAUCGUCGCGAUCAUCCUCUCCACGUUCUAUGCGUGGGUCCUCUGGCGGCGGUCUCGCCGCCAGCCAGACGGCAAGGCCUACAGGAGCUCAGGCACUGCGAGGGGAAUCAUGCUGGUGCCGAUCCUGAGCAAGUUCAGCUCAUUCAAGACGAGCAGGAAGGGGCUUGUGGCGAUGAUCGAGUACCCGGUGCUGGAGGCGGCGACGGGGAAGUUUAGUGAGAGCAACGUGCUCGGCGUCGGCGGCUUCGGGUGCGUCUACAAGGCGGUGUUCGACGGCGGAGUUACCGCAGCGGUCAAGAGGCUGGAAAGUGGUGGGCCGGAGUGCGAGAAGGAAUUCGAGAAUGAGCUGGAUUUGCUUGGCAGGAUUCGGCACCCCAACAUUGUGUCCCUGCUGGGUUUCUGUGUUCAUGAGGGGAAUCACUACAUUGUUUAUGAGCUGAUGGAGAAGGGAUCCCUGGAGACACAGCUGCACGGGCCUUCACAUGGGUCAGCCCUGAGCUGGCACAUCCGGAUGAAGAUCGCGCUCGACAUGGCAAGGGGAUUAGAGUAUCUUCAUGAGCACUGCAGUCCACCAGUGAUCCAUAGGGAUCUGAAGUCAUCUAACAUACUUUUAGAUUCAGACUUCAAUGCCAAGAUUUCAGAUUUUGGUCUUGCAGUGACCAGUGGGAAUAUUGACAAGGGAAGUAUGAAUCUUUCUGGAACCUUGGGCUAUGUAGCUCCUGAAUACCUAUUAGAUGGUAAGCUGACUGAGAAGAGCGACGUGUACGCUUUUGGAGUAGUGCUUCUUGAGCUGCUAAUGGGAAGGAAGCCUGUCGAGAAGAUGAGUCAAACUCAGUGCCAAUCAAUUGUGACAUGGGCCAUGCCGCAGCUGACUGACAGAUCAAAACUCCCCAACAUAGUUGACCCAGUGAUCAGGGACACGAUGGACCCAAAACACCUGUACCAAGUUGCAGCAGUGGCUGUUCUAUGCGUGCAGCCAGAACCGAGUUACAGACCGCUGAUCACCGAUGUUCUCCACUCCCUUGUUCCUCUAGUCCCGGUGGAGCUUGGAGGGACACUGAGGGUUGCAGAGCCGCCUUCCCCAAACCUUAAACAUUCUCCUUGUUGAGAUGUCCUCAUCGGUCGAAGCAGAGCACACAGAUUUAUGCUGAUGAACUUGGAUCUCUGUUUAUCGUAUAACUUAUUGCCUUAGUCGCGUGCCUGAGAAUGACAGUCCCAACCUGCUGGUUGUUGGUUGGAUCGACAGAGAAUUCUGGUUUGAAAAGAGUUGCCUCCUAUGUUGUACAAAGAAGUGAAAAAAACAACAACACUCUUUUCUUUAGAACUUAGGGUCCCGCUGUACAGAUCAAAGUUUCUCCAAACACUGUAACUCGAAAGAAUUGAAGAAAGUUGUGUUUUUGGCUCCACAUGGGUACCAAAGCACUUUGGCUUCCUGCACUA